GGUUCUUUCCCUGUCUCUCUCGCCGCCAUUUUCGUCCGUUUCCGGACGAUCACCUCUCUCUCUUGCUUUGCCUGUUCUGUAUGUAACGCUGCUUUAAUGGCGGUCUAUUACCCUGUAUUAUCUCAAUCCUUACCAGCGAGAGGUAGCUGCUACUUUCCCCUCUCUUAUUGCAUCAGAGACAGUAAGCGGAGGAGAAGAUCCAAUAUCGUUUUCGCAUCGAACGAGAAGUGUAAUACUCUUAAUGUGAAGGUAGAUAAAUUGUUAGACCGCAUCAAAUGGGAUGACAAAGGCUUAGCCGUGGCAAUCGCUCAAAAUGUUGAUACGGGAGCUGUUUUAAUGCAAGGCUUCAUCAACAGGGAGGCCCUCUCUACUACAAUUACUUCCCGUAAGGCAACAUUCUACAGUCGAUCAAGGUCAACUUUGUGGACGAAGGGAGAGACAUCCAAAAACUACAUCAAUGUCCAUGAUAUCUAUCUUGACUGUGAUAAUGAUUCGAUAAUUUACCUCGGGACACCUGAUGGGCCGACCUGUCAUACAGGGUCAGAGACUUGCUAUUACACAUCGGUUUUUGAUCAAUUGAAUGAUGAAGAGGCUGCAGGGAGCAAACUGGCAUCUACAACAUUAUACUCACUUGAAUCCACCAUUUCUAAGCGGAAAGAAGAGCUGACUGUCCCUCAAGAAGGCAAGCCCUCGUGGACAAGACGCCUAUUGACAGAUGACAGUUUGCUAUGCUCAAAGAUAAGGGAAGAGGCCGAUGAGCUGUGUAGAACGCUUGAGGAGAAGGAAGAGAAUUCUCGAACAGCCUCGGAGAUGGCCGAUGUGUUAUACCACUCGAUGGUGCUUCUGUCCAAAAGGGAUGUGAAGUUCGAAGACGUUCUUGAAGUUCUCAGGAAACGAUUUUCUCAGUCAGGAAUCGAGGAGAAGAAUAACCGAACAAAGCAAGAGUAACCGGUUUCGGAUCACACCGCUCAGUAACGGAUUCACUGUACGGACGGCUCAGAGGAGGCCGUUCUCAACCUGUGCAGAGCCGCGAUUGGUUUACAUCAUUCUUUUUUAUUCUCCGUUUUUAAUAAAAAUGAUUGCUUUGUAUUUUCAUUCGUACUGGUCACCAGAAAAUCACCAAUGUAUAAAUCCGUCUGAACCAGUAAGAGACAAUCAUCAUCAUCAUCAUCAUCA